AUACAUUUAUACAUCAAUAAAAAUUAAACAUGUCUGAAUUGUUUGCAUCUUAUGAGUCUGACUUUGAGUUGGCGUAUCAGGAAGCCCAAUCCAAGAUUGGCCAAGUGCUGUCUCUUGAUGAUGCUCAAAGAAAAAACACAUUAAAAGCAGUGGAAUUUGCUACAGAUGAAGCAUUGGAAAUUCUUGAUCAAAUGAAUAUUGAAGUUCAAAGUAUCCCAUCUAAUCAAAGAUCAUCAUACAAUACCAAAGUACGUCAAUAUAAAGCAAAAGUAGACGAAACUAAACAAAAAUUAAAACAAUUACUCGAUGAUGAAGAUAAACAUCAAUUAUUUGGUAGUAGAUAUAAAGAUCUGGAAGAAUUUGAUGGACCAGGAGAUUCUCAAAGAAAGCAACUUUUAAAUAAUAAUAGUUCACUCGAAAGAUCUUCAGAAAGACUUCGAGAAAGUCAAAGGGUUGCUUUAGAAACUGAGAAUAUUGGGGGGAACAUUUUAAAUGAUUUAAGGGCACAAAGAGAAACGAUAUUAAAUUCCAGAAACACUCUUCAUCAAGCUGACAACUAUGUUGAUAAGUCAAUUAAAACAUUGAAAACAAUGACGAGAAGAAUGACCGCAAAUAAGUUCAUCAGUUAUGCAAUCAUUGCCGUCUUAAUUCUUUUAAUUUUCCUUGUACUUGCCAGUAAGUUUUGGUAGGAAUAGGAGAGAGAGAUAUAUAAAAUAAAAAAGGAAAAAAAAAAACUUUACAGGUGGAAAACAAAGUAGUAC